AUGUCGGAGGGAUCUUACCAACGCCUCUGGGACUCUUCCCACGUGACCUUGCAAGAGCUACUGGACCAAGAGCAGCCCAUGCUCCAACCCGUGCCCACCCGGGAGUGGCAGUCCUUCCAGUACAGGCUCUCAUCGCUCUACCUGUACUACCUGGGGCUGCUGCGCGGGUUCGACACUCUCUAUGACCAGAUGGUGCAGCCGCAGAAGCGGCGGCUGCUGCGGCGCCUGCUGGACAGCGUGGCGGGCCGCGUGCUGGAGCUCAAGGAUGAGAUGGUGCGGGUAGACAUGUGCGAGUGGCACUGCCUGGACCACGUGCUGCGGGACCUCGGGCUCACCCCGGCUGACCUGGAGGUUCCAAUCCCCAAAUACUUCCGGCAGGAGCAGUCCAGCAUUCUGCAGGAGCGAGAGCUGAUGCUGGCAGAAAUCCUAUCCAGAAUGGAGCCAGUGUCCUUCCAGGAGGCAAUAAUGAGCCGAACUGAGGCCAUAAUCCUGCUGCAAACGGCCGAGCGGGCCAGACAAGGCAGACUCCGAGCCACCUUCAUUCGAGAGAUCCGAAGAGAGGAGGAGCGGGAUCGGAAGAUGAGGGAGAGCGGGUGGCACAGGUUAAAUCCGAACCAAGCAGCUAUCACCAUUCAGAAGGUGUGGAAAGGUUACCUACAGAGGAAACACACUCAGUAUGACCGGCAAACAGAGAUGGAAUUCAUCGGCAUGAUCCCCUUGCCUGGCCUAGUGGAGCACGCGUCCGUAGCCAACCUCAGGCAGGAUGUCAGGAGAUUCCGCCAGAUAGAGAAAGAGGAGGAGUUCCAGCUGGCCAUCUCGAAGACCCACGAUGCUCUCAGAGAGACCGAGGGGCCCGAUAUCAAGGAGAAAAUGAAGGAGCAAAUCCGACAGUGGUUUAUCGAGUGCCAUGCCCUUACUGGCCGAUUCCCUAAUUAUCCAGACGAGUCUUUAGGUGGAUCCAACCAGAUCUUCUCAGACAAGACUCCAGAACAGGUGAAAAUGGAACUGGAGAAUCCGGUCCAGGAGAGCACUAAAAAAGAAGACAAAAAUAAAGAAAAAGAAAAGGAGAAGAAGAAAGCGAAGGAAGACAAGACCAAGAAGAGUGAAGCAGAUACGAUGCUGAAAGCAUUGCCAUCCAAAUUUAUACCCCUGAUCAAUGCCGGACACGAGGAGUAUAAAACAUUAGAUCACAUGAUCACAAUUGCCCCUGAGGUGGACGAGCUGAUGCGUCAAGAGCUGAAGAACCUGCGCCUGGCUGUGGACCGGGAGGAGGAGAGACCCUUCAAGGCUCCGAAGAAAAAAAAUGUGAAAAAGAAAGCUGGGAAGAAGAAGAAGGAAAAAGAUCUGACCCCGAACAGGUCCCUGGCUUCUCUGUUUGAAGAGCUUGUUGUCUUUGGCCUUCUAAAGAAGUGCAAGGCAGUGUUAUUGAAGGACUUCGUCGGUGACUGCCUCUAUCUUGGAUCCACUCUGAGUCUGGCUCACAAGUUGCCCAUGCCUUCCCUGUUUGACGUUCGACAGAACAUGGCCUUGUACGGGGUCCUUCGGCUUGGCUCCCCUGAUAUACACUCCAUGGCUCCCCUCAUCCGCUCCAUCCUCCUGGUGGGCCCCUCCGGCGUGGGGAAGAAGAUGCUGGUCAAUGCCGUAUGCACAGAAACUGGUGCCAACCUGUUCGACCUGUCACCUGCCAACCUGCAGGGCAAAUACCCUGGCAAGGCCGGGGUGCAGAUGCUAGUGCACAUUGUCUUUAAGGUGGCUCGACUCCUACAGCCCUCAGUGAUCUGGAUUGGAAAUGCCGAGAAGAAUUUCUAUAAGAAGGUCCCAAAAGAGGAGAAGGAGAUGGACCCAAAGCGAAUAAAGAAGGACCUCACCAAGGCCCUGCGCCUGCUGAAUCCCGGAGACCGCGUCAUGCUGAUAGGGACCACUAACCAACCGCAGCUCGCCGAGAUGAAGGGGCUGCGCCGGACCUACGAACGGAUUCUCUUCAUGCCGCGGCCCGAUUACGCUUCUCGCUAUGUGCUCUGGAAGCACAUGCUGCACAUGGAGAAAAUCCAAGUGACCCAGACCCACCUGGACAUCAGUGCCCUGGCCAGGGUGUCCGAUGGCUACACACCUGGUCACAUUCUCCAAGCCAUCCGACUGGUGCUCACCGAGCGGCGGCUCCUCCAAUUGUCCAGGCGGCCCCUGAUGGCCUCAGAGUUCCUAGCUCAUCUGGCGAAGCUGGAGCCAGUGUACAGGGAGGAGGAGGCAUCCCUCAAGGUCUGGUACUUCAAGAUACCACUGGGCAUGAAGAAGAUAGAAUUUAACAAGGACCUGGAGGCUGAGGAAACCAGGCUCGCAAAGGAGAAGAAAAAACGGAAGUGA